UCAAGCACGUGUCCCUUGUUCGUUAUCACCAGCAACUUGCGUCGUACUCACUCCAUCAGAAAGUUGCUUGAGGGUGUUGCAAGUUCUGGCCUCGCCAACAACACCAAUCCUCCCCAUCAUCGUUCGACAGAGAUGACGUCGCUUUCACAGUUCGCUUCCGGAGGUGGAGAAACAGAGUAUGUUGCUACUGAAGAUCUGGUGCAUGGCAUGGCAGACAUUGGGGAAGGAGAGACCGAGAGAGGGCAGUGUGGAAGAGACACUAAAGAGAUUUUCGUGUAGAAAAUUUGAAAGAGAGAGAGAUGGAUCCAGGUGGUUGUGGUCUUGGAAAAAACCGAAUGAUGGACGAUGAUGAUAAUAAUGCAGGAGGGGAAUGCGAGUGCCUUGUUGACGACAAAUGUGUGACGAUGACCGAAGAGGGUGAGUUGUUUGAGUACACUGUGAGGUGGGAACCUAAUGUCGUGCAACCAGGAUUGUAUCGCGGGAAGCGUUGCUUUGCUAUAAAUUGCAAUGAGAGAUGGAUCUCUGUCGAGGCACCAUCUCCUGAGAUAUGGGAUCAUUUCACUUUUGCAAUUGUUGAGGAACGAGUGCAUAGGUUGAAUCCACUUGUUCCGAGAGAUGCUCUCACACUCCAUUCCUUCACAAUCCACAAACUUUUGAAGGAAAGAAAACAAUUACAGUUGAAUGAUUUUUUUUACGACAAUAUGGAGUUAUCGGUUCCAUGGUUUGUCACUGCUGAAGAUGCAAGAUCAAACAGUUGUUCUGAAGAUGAUCCAAGGAGAGACCCUCGUUGGGGGUGGGUGCCGCUCACGAUCCCUGUAGCAACGGCUGUGGUGCGAGUGAGACGGCAAGACGUGAUGGGGAACUGGUGGCUUGUCCAGUAUAUUAAUGAAAAAUUCACUUUUGGGACUUUUGACAGUGAGACUUGGGUGGAGAAAAAGUCAGAAAGGGAAGAAGGAGAACAUGGGAAUAGCGUGGAUAGUAGUGUUCCACUCAAAAAUCCAGUUCCACUAAUUUUUGCGGAUGACCAUACGUUUUCUGAGGAUCCAGGGUAUUGGAAAGGGAAGUUGACCAUGGCAGCGAAAGCUCCUUCAAGUCACUGGCUCCCUUUAGGCUUCAUGAAGGAGGGACUUGUGGGGGAUUGGCAAUUCAUGGUUGUGCUUGCCAGAGUUUCGUUGUGCAAUCCAGACAUUCUGGAUAAGAAGGUAUUGUACGAUCAUGCAAAUCACAACUGGCAGAGAAUCAACGUGGAAGACAGACAAAUGAUCGUUUGUGGAUAUGAUUCCAAAUCAAAGCAACGAAUGUGGCUCAUCGGCACAGAUGAUGAUGGUGAUGAUGACACUGACAAGGAUGUCACAUUUCAAUGUUUGGAGAAUCUACGUGAGCGUUUUCAUUCCUUAGCUCUUUUGGGAUGGGUUCCGGUGAUUUGGAAGGAGGAAUGUGUAGACCAGAGUCCUGUUCAUGUAACUUUCAAGGAUCCACUGGGAGUACCUUUUGAUCUGGUUUAUGAAAAAGGUUUAUUACGUCAUUGCAUGUACAGUGCAGAGGUUUCCCGAAACAAUGGCGUGUGCACAGAGCCAGAAGACGCAGACGAUGAAGUUGGAGGCGGCUCAGAGAAUGAGGGAGACACACCAGGCAUGCCUCAGAGAGAGCGAGAGAAUGAUGAACCCUUGAUGAGCGAGGACUCCAAACUCGAGGCGAUUCGACUCUUGAAGAAGAAUGUUGAUGCAAAGAAUGACAAUGUACGCAAAAAGGCUGCAAAGGUCAACCAUGCACGAGAAGAGAGGGCGAAGAGGAAAGAGAAUGAAGAUGAGCAUGUGUCAAAGAGGAAAGGGAGAAAACAAAAAGAAAACGUUGAUGGAGGACAGACAAGGCGUUGGAAGUUCAGACCCGGGACAGUUGCACUUCGAGAUAUUCGUAAGAUGCAAAAGUUCGUGGAUAGACUCAUUCCCUUUGCUCCAUUUGUGCGGUUCGCGGCCGAAGGUAUGUCGGCACCACAUGAGAUCAUUGCAACACAAACGGUGAUACAAUUUGCCACGCCCUCCGUGCAUUAUGACUCCGAUGUUCAAUUGCAGGAGUUAAGACAGAGGGUUCCUCGUUAUUUUGAUGUGCAUAUUGAUGUCCACGCAACCGUUGCUUGCAACAUCGACAAAAUGCACGAUGCAAGCGUCUUUCUAGACAGGCUGCAUCACUCGCCGAACCUUGAAAGUACGACGGUUUCCCACCCGAACAGACUGAUUGACAUACAAUCGUACACGGAGAAAUCACUGCUGGAUUGGAUCACAGAACAGUCGGAUGUGGAUAUGAAUAAAAAUCAAAGGGGUGGCACGUAUACGAAACCAGCGUAUAGGAAAAAAUUGCAAUCGAAGAUACGUGAUGCACAAAUGAGACUAUCCUUCAAUCCAGGGCUGUUGAAACCAGGCGCGACCGAGGUGUUGUGUUUGUCGCAGAUGACCAAUAAAAAUUGUGUGCAACCCGCUUGUCUUGCAGAGUUACCUGUAAUUGUUGCAGAUGGAAUCGAGUACUUCCUUCUGGACCAGUUGAUGGAUUUAACAAGGAAAAGCAAAAGCGAUAGAAAUGUGAUCCACUGCAUCCUUCAUCCUGUGAUCACAGAUGUGCUUGCAGGAGGGGAAACUGUGGAAUACUCCUUAGCUCCUCCUUCUUUCUCUUCUGAAUUAUCAAACUAUAUUAGGGAUUCAAACAUCGAGAUUGCAGUACGAGCAAUAUGUGCAGCUCCUACAGAGGUUGAUAGGCAGCGCAAGCGACAGGAGAGUUGGGAUCUCGUUGCGGCAGAGUGUAACAAAACCAUUGUAGAAAAAAAGGAAGACAUUGGUGAUGGCAGUGAACAGCAAAACGAACUUGCACUGGCCAUGUUCACGGUGGAUCCAGGUUCGAAGAAAGUGACAACGCAUGAUGUGAAAGCAGAAGAUUUAAUCCUGCAAUGGACGCUUCUGAACUCUUAUCAUUCCACUGGCCACGAAGAGAAUCCUAGCCCCUGCAAAGGUAUGAAGCGAAAAUUUGAGAGGUCUUUCGUUUGUAAUGGUGACAACAGUGAAAACCUUGUCCUCAUCUCUCAACAAUUUGGCAUGAGUGAUGUCAAACACCAGGGCGAGGCAGAGGAGGCAAUUGGUGCAGAAGUUGACACAGAAAGCUGUGACAUCUUUGAAGUUAAACUUGAAGAUGCGUUCAUUGACAAAGACUUCUGCAAGAUUCCGGGUACUAAGGACAACAGUGAAGCAGGAUGGUGUCACGCCCUACUCAGGUUGGCAAGACACUACAAUGAGCCGCACCCUGCAUUACGUGUCGUAGAUGGAGCUGCGUCCCCCGAUGGAAAGCUAUUGCAACUAGCUGUCUCGUCACUCAUGAGAACAUGUGAGACGGGCAAGGACUUUUCUUGUGGUGGAAAGUCGUGGUUUGUGUUGGUAAAUAAAGAGGUUGUUAUGUAUACAUACGAAGGUUGGGGCGAUAACCUGGGUUGUCUAGUUUUAGGAGCAGUUGCUCGUGCUGAUGGUCAUGAUGUCCACCCUAGUUUGUCGAAUGCAACAGCUAUCUUGUCUACUAUUUGUAGAAAUCAUGCCCCCAGUAGUGGAUAGUACUUCUUAAAAGGCAGCAAGGAUUGAAAACAUAACCCAUAGCGAGUUCGUUCUGACAUAUGGUAAUAGUGCUAUACAUGUGGUUGUUAGUGUUGCUAAAUCUUUUGUACACGAUUCCAAUUUCAUAUAUUUUUAUACUUUUUUUUUUUUUUUUUUUUUUUUUUUCAUAUAGUUCUUUGUUGCAGUACGCAAUAUUUCUUUUAUUUACACACUUUUUUAGUGACGAAUGUAUGAAAAAUCUAUUUUCAAUGAGUGAGAAAACUUUUGAUAACAACUGUUCACGUGUUAUAAUUUAGGAAUGAUAAAACUUUUGUGAAAUA